CAGCUGUAUAAACAGGAGCUGCCGGUGCGGGUUUCCCCACUGUCUGCUUCGUCCCACCGGUGAUGCUGCUGUGGCCUUUGCUCUAACCCCACAGCUCACUUUAAAACCUCCAGACCAGAGUUCCGCAGUUCUGACAAACUUUCAUCAAGCUGCUGCUUUCAGUGGGACGGUUCCGCCAUGCAUUCCCUGUUCGUCUGGUGCGUAACGGCCCUGCUCGCCUCCUCCUGGUCCCUGUCCAAGGUGCGGGUGGUCAAGCGCUUCGCCAUCGGUUGCCCGGAGAUAUGUGACCGGUCUCAGUGUCCGCAGAUUCCCGCAGACUGCGUGGCCGGGAACGUGCUGGACCGCUGCAGCUGCUGCCCGGUGUGCGCGUCCGGCGAGGGCGAGCAGUGUGGCGGCUCAGGGGACAAAGAGUGCGCAGAGGGAAUGGAGUGCGUGGUGACCGACGGCGUGGAGGUGUCUUCGACAGUGAGGCGGAGAGGUAAGACCGGAGUAUGCAUGUGCAGCAGCGGGGAGCCGGUGUGCGGCAGCGACGGCGUCUCGUACUGGAACAUCUGCGAGCUGAAGCGCGUCAGCAACAGGGCCAUGAAGCUGCAACAGCCGCCCGUCAUCUUCAUCCAAAGAGGAGCCUGCGGUAAAGGUCAGCAGAACCCCGAUAGUCUUCGAUACAAAUACAACUUCAUCGCUGAUGUGGUGGAGAAAAUUGCUCCAGCUGUUGUUCAUAUUGAACUGUUCCGCAAAAUGAUGUUUUCUAAACGUGAGGUGGCUGUUGCCAGCGGUUCGGGGUUUGUUGUGUCCGAGGAUGGACUGAUUGUCACCAACGCCCACGUAGUAUCCAAUAAGCAAAGAGUGAAGGUUGAGCUGAAGAGUGGAGCCACAUAUGAUGCAAAGAUCAAAGACAUUGACGAGAAGGCCGACAUCGCACUGAUCAAAAUCGACGUACCGAUGAAGCUGCCGGUGCUGCUGCUUGGUCGUUCUGCAGAUCUGCGUCCUGGAGAGUUUGUCGUGGCUAUCGGCAGUCCCUUCUCCCUGCAGAACACCGUCACCACCGGCAUCGUCAGCACCACCCAGAGGGGAGGCAAGGAGUUGGGCCUCCGCAACUCGGACAUGGAUUACAUCCAGACAGACGCCAUCAUUAACUACGGCAACUCAGGAGGACCACUAGUCAAUCUGGAUGGGGAGGUGAUAGGAAUCAACACUCUGAAGGUCACAGCAGGAAUCUCCUUUGCCAUCCCGUCAGACAAGAUCAGACAGUUCCUGGCAGAGUCACAUGACCGGCAGGCCAAAGGUAAGACAACUCUGAAGAAGAAAUACAUCGGCGUGAGAAUGAUGAGCCUGACUCCAACGCUGGCAAAGGAGCUGAAGGAGAGGCAGUCGGACUUCCCCGAUGUCACCUCAGGAGCUUACGUCAUUGAGGUCAUCAGCCGAACUCCAGCUGAGGCAGCUGGUUUGAAAGACGAGGACGUCAUCAUCAGCAUCAAUAGCGAGCCCAUAACCUCUGCCAGCGACGUCAGCGCUGCCAUAAAGCAAGACGAGAAGCUGCGAACUGUGGUGAGGCGAGGAAACGAGGACGUGAUCCUAAACAUUUUCCCUGAGGAGAUUGACCCUUGACCUCUCAGCUGUUGGACCUCCAUCUGAAGCUGAGGCAGUCAACCAAUCAUGAGCUGGCUCACAGUUACUGUCAGCCAAUCAUUUUGAGAUAAGAUGGGGGAGGUGUGAGGCCACUGGUAGAACUUGUAAUCAUCAGCCUCAUUUUAAAGCCGUCACACACCCUCUGAGAGGUUUGUUACUCUGAUUACUCUGUGGACUGAAGCAUCACAUUUUCAUCAUUUUAGCUUUGCUUUCCUCUAAUCUGAAUUCUUCUUCAGGCAUCCUUUAUAAUGUACUACCGCCCCCUGUUGCUGCAGAGAGGUUACUGCAGGUUGUUCACUGUGUAUAAAUAUGUUGAUGAUGGAAUCUUUUGUAAUAAUUAUUUUGUCCACGUUUGAUGACGAUGUUACCAAAAAGGGAAAAUAAACAUAGAAAAGAGCUUUCUUUAUUAAUUUGA